UGAGUGGGUUGGGUUUGGUUGGAGUGAAGUUGGACAUGUGCUACACAUGUUUUUUUCCCCUCCUUCUCAAAUUAGCCAGGGAGCGUACAAUGUCAUAGCAGCAAGCCAAUACUAAUUCUAAAAGAAACCUUUUUUAGUCAUAGAAAACGAGCAAACAUAAAGCAAGAAUGGGUGAUGUCAGUGAAGAAUCGUUGCUGGAUUAUUUCUACUCAGCCCGGGGGAAAGUAAAAAAUGCUGAUUUAAUGAAAAUAUACAGACCUUUCAUUGGUCAUAACGACAUGCAGCUGCGUGCCAAAUACAGAGAGGAGUUCAAACGGAUCAUCAACAGGAUUGCUGUUGUGAAUUCAGAUAAUGGUGAGAAGUACCUGAUUCUGAAGAAGAGGUACAUGCAGCAGAAGCAGGGCAGUGAGACAGAGCCUGGGACAGACAGACAGGCCAGUCCUGCGGCUAGCACUGCCAGGCCCUCGGCACCAGUCCAGUGGGAUGUGUCGGGGGUCUCGUCUCUCCACACCCAGGGGGAACCAGACCUCCAGCCUGACCCGGCCAAGAGGGCAGAGGCGAGGAAGCCUUCACAGGUGAUGUGGUGUGGAGGAAGCCCCAGCAUUACCGUCAAAGAGGCACCCAAGCAGGAGCACGUGCAGGAGGACCUGCACACUGAGAGGACCCCCUCACCGUCCAUUUCAAAGAAAACCCUAGCGCACAGUAACGGAGAGGAUGAGCUAGACAGGGACUCCGGGUCAAAGUCCGAGUCGGAAGAGGAGUGUAUGGGCAGUAUGCGCUCCACCCCAGUGGCUCUGGACCCUGUGGAGAAGGAAUGGAUCUACUCUGCUACUUGUGGCCGUCUCUCUGACCUCUCCCAGCUGCUAAAACAGGAGCCCUCCCUGGCCAACAAGAAGGACUUUGUUUCAGGGUUUACAGCUCUACACUGGGCAGCCAAACAUGGCAAAGAGGACAUGGCUACCAUGAUGGCUAACGCAGGAGCUGAUGUUAACACUAGAUCUCAUGGGGGCUAUACACCCCUGCAUAUUGCAGCAUUGCAUGGCCAUCGACACAUUUUGGAGCUGCUCAUUGGAAAAUAUGGUGCGAAGAAGAAUCUGCGGGACUACAGCGGCCAUCUUGCCUGCCAGUACCUGAACAUCAGGGAGCCUACAGAGGAAGACCGAGCAGCUCCAGAGGAGAUACAGUUCCCUGAGUUCCAUGCCAGAGACCGCAGCAGGAACAGGAAGUUGGUCUCGUUGUUCCAGUCCAAGAAGAAGUGGGGCUCAGCGGAGGAGCUAGCCCCUGUAAAGGAGAGGGUGGCACUAGCGCCCCAUCAACUCAUGGUCCCCGCAUUCAGACCCAGGAAAUUCUCACGCUAAGGAAGAAGCUAGCCAAAUGUCCCACAUUCAACGACAUCACAGAAAUGACAUCACAAAAACAUGUUCAGUCACUGUGUGUUUAUUCGAAUGUUAUUGUAUGCUUUUAUAGUAUUUAUGCUGUAUGCUUUUAUGUUGUAGGGAGCUGUAACUAUUUAAUUAUUUAGUUUGUUGUUUACUGCCUUGAUUGUAUUGUUGCAAUCUCCCAAAAUUAUUUGAUUAUCAUUUAAUUCCAUUUUAAAAGUAGAAUUUUAUUCUAGUGAGAUAAAAUGUUACAUUACAUACGGAGCUAUUUUGCAUGCUGCAUUUGUUUUCUUGCUCUUUCAAUUUAGUGUGUAUUUGAAUUUUACUUGCCUUUUCCUCACCGUGUUUAGUGAAGACCGUGCCCAAAUUUCUAGUUUCCAAGCCGAUCUGACAUUCCAGAUUUGAAGUGCCACGUUUACAUGUUGAUGAUUGCACUAUUACAUUGUCAGUUGGUUGAUUGUCAUAAGGGACAAUAUUUUCUAUUGGUUCACCCUCUGUGCAUUUCUCAUUGUAUUUCACGUUGUAUUUCUAUUGAAGGACAAAACGAGGGACAAUAUUAUUUUAUUGGUUCACCCACUGUAUUUCACGUUGUAUUUCAAUUUGUAUUUCACAUUGUAUUUCACGUUGUAUUCUUUUGAAAGACAAAACAAUACCAGAGUACUGGCAUAGAAUAGUCAGUUCAUAAUGAAGUGCCUUAUUCAAUUGUGAAACAAGUUAGUUGAUGUGCCAUGGCUUUGCAUCAUGUUUUUCCUCAAGUUGUUUGUAUUGCCUCAAUUUGAACCUGCCUCUUCAAGCUUGUUUUGUUUUGCACAUUAUUUAUAUUUGAGAUAUUUUGAUAUUAAAGUGCUAUGUUGUGCUACUAA